CAGGAUGUGGCUGACCCAGCUCAGGAGCUGGCAGGCCGUUCUCUGAGCCUUGACCUAGAUCCUGAACGCCGAGAAGUGCCCGCGACGGAGAUGGAGCUGCCAGCAGAAGUCGGACCGGAAGCUCUGGAAGAGGUGAAAGAAACAGAGGAUCAGCAGCCCGAAGAGUGUGACGCUGGCCGUGCGGCUGCGCUCGAAGCGGAGCAAGAGGCGCAACGCAUGCGACUCUUCCGGUGCCCCUUUGCGGAGGGGGUGGAUCUCACCUAUGUGAAGCGAGAUAGGCAAUUUCCCUACAGCAACAUGGAGGAUCCCGAGGAGAACAAGCGCCUGGGCCGGAGGCAAUUGCGGCACUGGAUUUCGGAGGUUUAUGCUGCGAAACGCCUAGAAGAUCGGCGCCGGGACAAGGCCAAAGUGCCACGAAGGCAGAUGCAUUUCAUCAUGCAGGAGAUGUUGAGACGGCAGGUCGGUGUUAAGAGUCUGGUGCACCAGCGCUCCUGGCAGCUCCUUGAGGCGGUUUGUGAACAUGCGGUUGCUGAUGUGGCCGUGGGUCUCUUUGCCGACUUUUUGGAUGGCACCCGCGAUCUUGACGAGCUUUCGUUCUACCUCUACUGCUCACAUCUCAUCGCAACGGUUCCGGAAGAAGCACAGGUCUUGCCGCCGUCCAGGGUACCAAUGGGCUAUGUCAGUGAAAGCCGCUGCCUCCGAUUGGUGGAACUGCUCUUUUCUGACCUCCCCAAGGCCAAAACAGUGGUUCAGGAGGAAAUUGAGAAGCAGGUGCCGCUGCCUGGCUGGGCCGUUGGAACCGUUGGAACCGUUGGCUCCACAGCGAUGAGCUCCUUGGAGGAUCUCAGUUACAUGAGCUUCGAUGAAAGCCUCGCAAACACUCGAUGCAUCGAAGCGGACGCAUUGUGCCGUGCCCUACUUGAAGGCUGGAGAGUGUGUUGCUUAUUGCUGAGCAAGAGCAUGCCGCAUUUUAGCUGGCGCGACACCAUCUUGGCCUUCAUCCAAGCUGAUGUCCACAGCCGUGGCUGGCUCGAUCCGCACGAGGUCCAGAAGGCGGAAAUUCCUCCCGCGGCGCGGAAAUCACGCAGCCUUGACGACACGGUGGCCUUGACAGAUCACACCUCGUUGGGAGCCUUUGUUUUUCGCAUCGUGCAGCAUCUGGGUGGCCUUACGGAGGCAUCACUGAAAGAGGAUGUCGUGGCGGAGACGGCCUUGGAGUUUCCCGGACAGAAGGAACAGCAGAUCUGCUUUCGGCUUUGCUUGGUCGCCUUCAGAUCCCUGGAGCGCAGCUUGGGAGUCUAUUUGAAAUGGUUGCUUCACAGCGAAGAACCUCGAGAUCGCUCAGUGUACAGAUCGGUUACGGGGCGAAUCUUCGCGGUGAGGCGCGCGAUUCGCCUGGGAAGAGCCUGGCCACUGAUGCACAACCUCCGGUCUUUACUGGUCCUGCUACUGAGCCAUCAGUUUGAUCUGCAGCUGACUAGGGAAGAGGCGCAACCCGAACAUGUUGGCUGGGAACUGACAGCCCUUCUCCACGUACUCCGAGAAAGUUGGAGGAGGGGCGCCAGCGGGGUGGGACCCGACUUCGGCACUGAGUUGGAAGAGGUGGGCGAGAACGAGCUGCGCGACGAGGUGCCCGAGCUCCCGGAGAGCGCGAGCCCGCAGAGCCCGCAGAGCCCGGUGCCGCUGACGGGGCGGGAACGGCCGCCAUUGGGACCUUCGGUGAGUUUCACGGUGGGCCAAAAACUGGCCUGCGACUAGCGAAGUUUUUUUGGGGAAGGGGGAACUUCUGACAGUGAUGGUUUUUCUUCGGUGUGGUUGUUGAUUUCUG